AUGAGAAUGGAUGAUAAUAUUCAUGUAGUAAUGCUACCAUGGUCUGCAUUUGGUCACCUUAUGCCAUUUUUCAAUCUCUCCUUAGCCUUAGCUGAAGUAGGAGGAAUUCAUGUUUCGUUCAUAUCCACUCCCAAAAAUAUCCAAAGACUCCCUAAAGUUCCUCCAAACUUAACACACCUUGUAAAACUAGUGGAAUUUCCAUUGCCAAAUCUUGACGACAAGAAUCUUUUGCCUGCAGAUGCUGAAGCUUCUGUUGAUCUUCCUUUAGAAAAAAUCCAGUACUUGAAAGCAGCUUAUGAUCUCCUCCGAGAACCCAUCGAACAGUUCAUUGCUGAUCAAAAACCUGAAUGGAUUAUCGUUGACUUCUUCCAAUAUUGGAUAGUUGAGAUUGCUGAAGCUUAUGAUAUCCCUAUGAUUCACUUCAGUAUUUUCACAGCUGCUUCCAGAGCUUUCUUGAUUGCUGCAAGAGCUUCAGGCCCCAUGCCUGAAAGUCUCACAUCACCUGUUUCCGAGAAGCUGCAUUUUCCAUCCACAUUGGCUUACCGGAGUUAUGAAGCAGCAGAGCUUUUCUCCUCAUCUUUCCAAGAAGACGCUUCAGGGUUAUCAUAUGCUCAACGUUCAGCCAAGGUAUUGGGUGCAUGUCGAGCUAUGGUAUUACGCAGUUGCAAAGAAUUAGAAGGUGAUUACUUGGAUGCGGUGCAUAAACUCAUCUCCAAGCCUACAAUUCCAGUUGGAUUACUACUACCUGAAACAUCACCACCAGAAAAAAACCUCAAUGAUGAUAAAAUCUUAAAAUGGCUCAAUCAACAGAAGCCUGGGUCAGUUUUAUUUGUGGGACUUGGGAGUGAGUGCAAACCGAAUAAAGAUCAAGUAUAUGAAAUAGCUUAUGGAAUUGAGCUAUCUAGGCUACCAUUUUUGUGGAUAUUACAAAAGCCUAGCUGGAGUUCGGAUGAUGUGGAUCCUUUGCCAACAGGAUUUGGGUUGAGGACUGCAGAGAAAGGAGUGGUGCACAUUGGAUGGGCACCUCAAAAGGAAAUUCUAGCACAUCCUUCUAUUGGGGGUACUCUAAAUCAAGGGGGUUGGGGUUCUAUUAUAGAAAUUCUACAUCAUGGACAUGUUGUUGUCGUUCUACCAUUUGUGUAUGAUCAAGGGUUGAAUGCAAGAUUGUUAGUGGAAAAAAGAUUGGGAAUUGAAGUAGAGAGAAAUGAAGAAGAUGGGUCAUUUACUAGAAAUGAGAUAGCGAAAGCAUUGACAUAUGCUAUGGUUUCUGAGGAAGGUGAAGAGCUCAGAGCGACAACAAAAGCUGCUGCCAUUUUUGGAGAUCGGAAGCUUCAUGAUUCCUACAUUGCUAGCUUUGUUGCGUAUUUGAGAAAUAAUGGGGAAUAGACCUCUGUUCUGUCUGAAUUUUCUUCUAGUUUAAAUGUACUGGAAAUUUUAAAUGGAAUGAAUAAAACUAGAUGUUUAUCUGACCUGAAAACACUACUUCUCCCCCCACUUUCAACUUGUUCAUCCAUUAAAUUUCAUUC